AUGGCACCACUCCUGUUAUACCGCAUCGUCAGCUCCCUAACCUGCCAUCUAACCCAGAUAACCCUCAGCCGGAUCUACCCUAGCACUGCCACCACCAUCUCCCGCUGCCUCUCCUCCCUUACAUCCUACCCAGCCAGAGGGUUCCUGACCCCGGGUAGACCCAUCCAGCCCCCGGUCUCUUCUCCUCGAUCUUCUCCCCAGGAUGGUGGCUCCCUCCUAGGCCAGUGUCAGCACCUGGCCUGCCUCCAGCCCGCUUCAGGGAUGAAAACCAAGAGCGCUCUGAAACGGCGCUGUAAAGAUUGCUUCUUUGUGGUACGGCGGGGUCGUCUAUUUGUGUUCUGUAAGGCUCACCCCAGACACAAGCAGCGACAGGGGUGA